AGAUGAGAGGGUUUAAGGGGCUUCGGUGCCCAUGAAGGCGGCGCCGCCUCUGUUUUUCUUCCUUCUCCCCGACGAGCCACUUCCACCGCGCCGCCUCAUCAGCCUCGCUUAUGCUCCUCUUUCGUUCGCCGAUCAUCUCCUCUCCUCGCUCGGUAUUGCACCCUCAGAUUUGGGCACCUUCUGCGGACCCAUAAAAUUUUGAGAGGUCACGAUUCCAAUUCGUCGCCUCACAGAAGAGGUAUGUGGCGUAACAUUGCAAGAACGGGACUUCGAUCCUCUCGAGACCCCAGAUUCUUUGGUAGGCGGUCGGACACGCUCCCUUCUGUCUCGGGCUUUCUCGGUUCCUCUCCAAAUUCAAUUCUUCCUGAUAAAAGUAAGUCCUUUAACUCGCCGGUUGCUGCUCGAUUCUUGGACGCCGAGUUCCGACAGAGUGGAGAGGGUUUGCCGUAUCUAUUUCAAACGAAUUCGUCAAUUUUGGGGCCAUGUGGGCUUAUUUCGGAUUCCAGGAGCUUCGCCAGCGUCGCGGAAGCUGUAUCUUCCACUGAUUUGGGUGAGACGGAGACUGUCUCUUCUACCGAUGCUGAUGAAGAUGCCUCUACAAGUGAGGAGGUGGAGUGCUUGUUUGAGUUGAAGAAUAGCGACAUCAGACGAGGUAAGGGCAAGGAGGGCGGGGUUGGUUCUGAGAUUAAGCUAAACCAGCAGUUUCAGUACGCACCAAGGAAGGUAGCAGGAAUGAGUGCAGCCAGACAUACAGCUCUGCGUCGGAGACAAAUAAAGAUAGAGACUGAAGCUUGGGAGCAGGCGGCAAAAGAGUAUCAGGAACUCUUGAUGGAUAUGUGUGACAGAAAGCUUGCCCCGAAUUUGCCAUACGUUAAGUCCUUGUUCUUGGGCUGGUUUGAGCCAUUCAGAGAUCAGGUAGCUUCAGAGCAGGAGAAGACUAAGGAUAUCAAAUCUAGGCUACCACAUGCUCCAUUCUUCAAUCAUCUUCCUGCAGACAUGAUGGCAGUCAUCACUAUGCACAAGCUUAUGAGUCUUCUAAUGGUUAGCAGCGGAGGUGGGAGUGCUCCCAUAGUUAAGGCUGCAUGCAAUGUUGGGGAGGCCAUUGAGCAGGAGGUUAGAAUUCACAGGUUUUUAGAGAAGAUGAAAAAGAAGGAUGACAAGGAAAAGACAACUGAAGAAGCGGAAGGUGAUGACACCGUGUCAAAGGAUCCAGAGUUUUUGUGGAAGAAGGUAAAUAUUUUGUUGAAGCAGCAGAGGCCUCAUCAAAUAGGGAGGAUCCUCAAGUGCCAAGAUGACUGGAAACCUUGGGGUCAAAUAGCCCAGGCCAAGGUUGGGAGUCGUUUGAUUGAACUAUUAAUGGAGACAGCUUAUGUACAACCUCCUGCUAGCCAGUCAGCGGACAAUAAUCUAGAUAUUCGACCUGCAUUCAGACACACCCGUAAAGCUAUUAUAAAAGAAGAAACGAAGCUCAGGCGAGUUUAUGGGGUUAUCGUAUGUGAUCCACUAGUUCGUCAAGGAUUAGACAAGACACCAAGACACAUGGUCAUGCCUUACAUGCCUAUGUUGGUGCCUCCAGUAAAUUGGACAGGGUAUGCCAAAGGAGGACAUUUAUUUCUAUCAUCUUAUAUAAUGAGAACACAUGGUGCAAGACAACAAAGGGAGGCAAUUAAAAGGGCUCCAAGACAGCAGAUGCAAGCUGUUUUUGAGGCUCUGGACACACUUGGUAGUACCAAAUGGCGGAUAAACAAAAGGGUACUUAGUAUUGUAGAAAGAAUAUGGUCUAGUGGAGGAUGUAUUGCUGACUUGGUUGACCGUGAAGAUAUCCCUCUUCCUGAGAAACCUGAUACAGAAGAUGAGACUGAACUUCGGAAUUGGAAAUGGAAAAUCAGAUCUAUUAGGAAGGAAAAUAAUGAAAGACACUCUCGACGCUGUGAUGUGGAACUUAAGCUCGCUGUAGCGAGAAAGAUGAAAGAUGAGGAGGGAUUCUACUAUCCACACAACUUGGACUUUAGAGGGCGUGCUUAUCCAAUGCACCCCCACCUAAACCAUCUUGGUUCUGAUUUAUGCCGAGGAAUUUUAGAGUUUGCAGAAGGAAGACCACUUGGAAAAUCUGGGUUACGCUGGUUAAAGAUUCAUUUAGCAAAUUUAUAUGCUGGUGGAGUGGACAAGUUGUCUUAUGAUGGCCGAUUAGCAUUUACUGAAAGUCAUCUGGAGGAUAUAUUUGACUCUGCAGAUAGACCACUUGAGGGUGAGCGUUGGUGGUUAGGUGCUGAAGGCCCAUUGCAAUGCCUAGCAGUUUGUAUUAAUCUUGCUGAGGCAUUAAGAAGCUCUUCUCCUGAAACUACAAUUUCACACAUAUCCGUACAUCAGGAUGGAUCAUGUAAUGGACUUCAACACUAUGCCGCUUUAGGAAGAGAUAAGUUGGGGGCUAUUGCGGUAAACUUAGUUGAUGGAGACAAGCCUGCAGAUGUUUACUCAGGGAUAGCUGCUAGGGUUCAUGAAAUCAUGCAAAGAGAUGCACAAGAAGAUCCUGCUAAAAACCCAGAUGCUUUAAGGGCAAAACUAUUAGCUGCUCAGGUCGACAGAAAAUUAGUGAAGCAAACUGUCAUGACAUCUGUUUAUGGUGUAACUUAUGUUGGAGCUCGAGAGCAAAUUAAAAAAAGAUUGAAAGAACGCGGUGUUAUUGCUGAUGAUAAUGAGCUAUAUAUUUGUUCUUGUUAUGCUGCCAAAACAACGUUGACUGCAUUAGGGGAGAUCUUUGAAGCAGCACAUAGAAUUAUGAGCUGGCUUGGUGACUGCGCAAAGAUUAUUGCUUCAGAAAACCAUACAGUGAGGUGGACUACUCCUCUUGGACUUCCUGUAGUUCAGCCAUAUCGUGCAUUAGGACAGUAUUGUGUUAAAACAUCUCUUCAGAUAUUGACCUUGAAAGUGGAGACUGACAAGGUCAUGGCGAAACGGCAAAAAACAGCAUUUCCCCCUAACUUUGUUCACUCUCUUGAUGGUUCUCACAUGAUGAUGACUGCAGUUGCCUGCAGAAGAGCAGGAUUAAAUUUUGCAGGAGUCCAUGAUUCGUACUGGACACAUGCAUGCAAUGUCGACCAGAUGAAUGUAAUUCUUCGUGAAAAGUUUGUGGAACUCUAUCAGAAGCCAAUAUUGGAAAAUUUACUGGAGAGCUUUCAGCAAUCCUUCCCGACAUUAAAUUUCCCACCGUUGCCCGAGCGGGGUGAUUUCAACCUGAGAGAUGUUCUGGAUUCUACUUUUUUCUUCAACUAAUGCGGCAGUUCCCUUCCAACUCUCCACUUUAAUGUUCGUUGCAUACAAACAUGACUUCAUCUCCGGUCGAGCAGGUCCAUCUCUUUGCCUUUGGUGGUGCAUGGCAGGGGCGUUGCUUCUUUGUGCAACUGAAUCCAUUAUAGAAACUCAGGCAAGGUCUAAGUUUGAUGAGGUUGAAUGUUAGUCCCUGCCGAUUUACCAGGAAAAUUGGGGAUCAUCCAACUGAUUGAUUUAUGUGAGCAAAAUAAGCAGCAGAUGCGCCAAGUUGAUCGUGAACAGCAUGAAUUCCUAGUCAUACACCGAGCUAAGCUUGAGAAUGAGCACGCCCGUUCAAGCAAUGAAAAUUUUGAUAACACCUCACAAUAAAUGGCAGGAUUGCUGGAGAUCACAUAGAUCUCCAAUAACUUUUGAAAGUUUUAUUUCUAGAGGUUAAUGUGAAAUAAGAUUUUAUCUUUUCUUAUAUUUAUGGAAAAGACUUGUUGGAUAUAUUUAUAGAGCUGAUUCAAAUUAUAUUUUCUUUCAACAA